AUGCGUAAACGUCGAUUCAUAUACCACGUCAUGAAAACGCAGAAAGAAAUCCAGUAUUUGGUAUGGCGACCUACCACUGCCACUAAAUUCACUGGAUUAUUUCUACCGUAUGGAAAACUUAACAUCACAGCCGACAAGCCUCAAUCACCUCUUGGUCAUUGGCUCGCUCAAUUGACAGUACCCAAAUCGUGGUUUUCACACUUUUACAUUGUCGGUUUCGCGUUUGCCCUGGAAUCAUGUAUCGAGAUUGCGCUAUUACUGCUUUGGCAGCCAACCAAAAACUUCAGCAAAGCAGGGGGCCCCAUCUUAACCUUGGUGCGUACUUUGGAUACCGCACAAGGCAGCACUCACAUUGAACCCGAAUUCUGUGUCUUGGCUCUCGUGUUAAUGACGAUGCAUUUGGGCCGACGCGUUUACGAAUCGUUGUGCGUUGAGCGACCCUCACGCAAUGCGCGCAUGCAUAUUUCGCAUUAUGCAACCGGGCUUGGAUUUUACGGUGCUAUGGUGGUUGCCACGUGGAUAGAAGGAGCCGCCAACCUUGGUCUAUGGAACAGUGACACGACAACGGUGAUGGCAUGGAAGAAGGCCUUUGCAGCUCCGACGAUCCUCGUUCGUACGACGCUGGCGGUAGCGCUGUUUGCUUAUGCGUCCAAUCACCAACACACGUGCCAUCACAUUCUUGCUUCAUUGCGUGAAAAGCGUUCGGGGUAUCAAAUCCCUCGAGGCGAUUGGUUUGAAUCGGUGGUUGUGCCUCACUACCUGGCAGACAUCUUGAUCUAUUUCGCCCUGUGCAUCCUGCACGGCUUUGGCAACUGGACGCUGCUGUGUGGUCUUGUAUGGACGAUUGUGAACUUGUCCAUCACGGCAGACGAGACAGAAGCAUGGUAUAAAACGACGUUUGACGAUCGUUACAAAAAGGCGUUCCCCAAAGGCCGAUGGAUCAUUUUGCCCUGGGUUUACUGA